CGGAAAAUUAAAGAAAAAAAAAUGAGGUCGAGCGGGCGGUUGUCCGGCUUUUUAUUAAUUUUAAUUAAUAUAAUUAGCCAAAUCAAUGGACAGGCGAACGAAGUUAUAGGCUGCGGUGGUUUUAUCAAGAGCCAUACUGAUAUUGACUUUUCCAAGGUGGAAAUUAAACUUUUAACGAAGCAGGGCUCGCUAAAAGAUAAAACCGACUGCUCACCAUCCAAUGGCUAUUACUUUCUGCCUAUCUAUGACAAAGGUGAAUAUAUGCUGAGCAUAUCACCUCCACCUGGCUGGAGUUUUGAGCCCGAGCACGUUGAACUUAAUUUCGAUGGCAAGAAUGACGUGUGCAGUCAGGGGAAAGAUGUGAACUUUGUUUUCAAAGGCUUUGGCAUAACCGGCAAGGUGGUUUUGGCCACGGGCAGUGGUGCACGUGAUGUGGAUGUGGAACUAAAGUCUGAACAGGGUGAGAUCCGACGAACGAAGACUGAUAUAAAUGGCGUAUUCUUCUUUACGCCAAUUAUACCUGGAAAUUAUGUGGUGCGUGCCACGCAUGCUGCAUGGCAUUUCGCAAAGGCGGAGCACAAGGUGCAGGUGGUGAGUGGAAAUACGGAAUUGCCGCCAAAUUCGCUGGUUGUGUCUGGCUUUAAUAUUAAUGGACGUCUAGAUGCCAGCGCGCAACAGUUACCCAACAUUGCUCUGGCUUUAUAUAAGAAAAGAGGUCAAACAUUGCAGCCCAGGUGCGAACAAUCUCCCAAAGCCCCCACAAAUCAGUUGAAAAACGACUACGAAACUGCUGCUGCCUGCUAUGUCUUAGCCGAACAGGGUCUAUAUAGCUUUAAAAAUGUGCCCACUGGCAAAUAUUUGCUGCUGGCUGUCAAUGAAAAUAAGGAAUUGAAAUUGCAUCUCACGCCCGCUUUUGUGGAAAUUGAAGUUGGCAAGGACACGUUGCAGCUGCAGGAUGAAUUUAAGAUUAGCGGCUUUACAGUCUCGGGCAAAGUACUGCGCUCUGCUAGCGGCGGGCCUCUAAAGGGUGCCAUAGUUAAAUUGAAUAACGAGCAAGUGGCAAAAACCGAUGAUGCGGGCAGCUAUACAUUGGAGAACAUUAAAGCGGGCAGCUAUAACAUACUCAUUGAGUCACCCAGGCAUCUGUUUGACGUGCUGCAAGUGAAAACACAAAUCUCUGUACCAACUCUGCCUGUUAUAGUACCCACUGCCUAUGAAGUCUGCGGCAAAGUUGUCUCCAGCAAAUCUUAUACUGUGGGCAUCACCAAAGCGGGCUCUACUUUCCAUAUCAAAGCCACAACGCAAGCGUCGAAUGGUGAAUGGUGCGCCAAUUUGCCUGCGGGCCGAUAUAGCAUUGAAGUGCUCACCACUGAUGUAGACAAAACCAGCGGCGUGCAAUUUUUCCCAGUGCAACAGCAGACUGAAGUGAAGGAUGCGCCAGUUAGUGGCAUUAUCUUCUCACAGCUGCGUGCCACAAUACGUGGCGAGCUGCAGUGUCUGCCCGAUGCCACAGCUACUUGCACCAGUGCUGAAGUUACGCUCCAAGGCUUGGAUGCCACUGGUCAGCCCACAGACAAUAAAUGGAAAGCCAAGGCGCAUCGUGGCAAGUAUGCAUUCAAGGAUGUGCUGCCUGGUCCUUACGAGCUAACCAUACCACAGGGCAAUCUUUGCUACGAAUCCACACGCGUUUUCCUAAACGUGGCUGCUGCUGAGGAGGAAGCACCACCAUUUAUACACAAGGGCUACGAAGUAUCCAUUAUUUCUAGUCAUCGCGCGCUGAUGCGCUACCAACAUGUGACUGGACCCUCAGAGCCCAAGGCGCCACUGGAAUCACUUAAAAUUCUAUCAGGCGUUAAUACUUUCUGCGUCAACAAAUACGGCAGCUAUGAUUUCAAGCUGGAGAGUUGUCACAUCUAUGACGACAGUCUGCCCACUAAGUUCAUAACACCUGAGCCAGAGCAGCUGCAAACGUUGAUAGUCAAUGCCAUAGCUCAUAAGACAGGCAUACGUGUUUUGUCUACUGAACCGAAUGCGGAUUCACUGCGUCUGGCUGUGGAAACGGAAGCGCUGGGCAAACAGAUAAUAACGCCCACAGCUGAGGCACAUAAAGUCGAUGGCAAAUAUGCUUACCGCUAUGAGACUUAUCUUAAACCCGAUGAAACACUUACCAUAACACCAUUGAGCGAUGUGCUGCUCUUUGCGCCACAAAAUCAUGAAUUGCAAGGCGGCAGCGAUUGCGUGGAUAUAGCUUUCAAUUUUGUAGCCACGCGUGGUUUGAUUUUGCGCGGCAAGGUGUUGCCGGCUAUAAGAGAUGCCAAGGUAACACUCAGUUUUACAGAGCGUACAGAUCUGGCGCCCAUUGAGGCAGUUACCUCAGUUACUGGCGAGUUCAAGAUUGGACCUAUCGAUGAGAACUUGAAGUUUGAACUAAAGGCUGAAAAGGAAUCGUAUGUGUUUAGUGAGUACAAUCGUCAAUCGAAUUCGUUUAGCGCACACAAGCUCUGCGAGAUUGAGGUAACGGUUAUGGAUGAUGCCAAACAGCUCUUGAGUGGCGUGCUGCUUUCGCUAAGCGGCGGUGAGAGUUAUCGCAAGAAUCUGGUUACCGGCGACAAUGGCGCCAUCAAUUUCCACUCGCUGUCUCCUUCGCAAUACUUUUUGCGUCCCAUGAUGAAGGAAUAUAAAUUCGAACCCAAUUCCAAAAUGAUUGACAUCAAGGAUGGCGAAACUGUGCAGGUUACGCUAACCGGCAAGCGGUUUGCUUACUCCGUCUUUGGCACCAUAACCUCACUGAAUGGCGAUCCUUUUGCCGGAGUAAACGUGCAGGCCACUUCCACUGAAAGCUGUCAGCAUCAACAAGAGGAAGCCACCAGCGAAAGCAAUGGACAGUAUCGCAUUCGUGGACUGCAACCUGGCUGCACCUAUACGGUGCGUGUGCUGCCCGAUGAUGACAAAGUGCAUCGUUCCAUACCCAGCGAGCGUACAGUGACUGUGGCCAACGACGAUGUGCGUGAUGUUAAUCUGAUUGCCAUCAAUCCCAUUAAGAUUGUGGAUAUAACGGCGCGUAUUAUGGCCAGCCAGAAUGAUUUCUAUAAAACAUUGCGCAUUGUUAUGUAUAAACGUGGUGCCUCCGAUUCACCUGUGUACUCACAACGCGUGGCCACACCACUGAACCCCAAGGGCAGCUUCAAUCCAGGCAUUAUGGUUUACUUCCCACGCAUACCGCUCGAUGGCCAGAGCUAUGUGGUGGAGCUCCAAUCGACGCUCUCCGACAAGACCUACACAUACAAGCUGCCAUCGCACAGCUUUGUAGCAAACAAAUGUUCCGUGUACAUGUAUCUGGAGUUCAAGCCCGAGGUGCGCGCCUCUGAAGCUGACCUCAAUCAGAAUUCCAUAUCCGCCUUGGUGUUGAUAGCGCUGGUAGCCAUUGCCUUCUUCAAACAGGACUUGGCAGUUAACUUCUUGAGCUUUGUUUGGGCCAGACUAAGCGAUCUCAUCGCCGACAUUGCGCAACGCCAGAAGAGCAAGACGAGCGUGCGCAAGAGCGAGCCGCUGAAUCAGCGUGAAAUCGAACAAAUGGCUGAUCAGAUAAAUGCCAUCAAAAAGAAGAAGGUCAAAAAGAUUUAGUCAUUAGUUUAAGCUAUCUAUCAAUGGUAUUUUUUUGUUCUAAGUCUGCGGCUCAAGGAGAUUUGGUUUGUGUUUGCUUUGUUGCUAAACCUAAAAAUUUAGUUACAAUUUAUAAUUUUUGUUUAAAAAACUGC